AUGCAGGCCUCUACUAGUGUAUCAUCAUCGGUUUCGGGUCGUGAUUCGCCACAAAAUCCUUCUAUUAAUGAAGAUGACCCUUUCUUUCGAAAAAUUGUAACUAUUCCAUCUAUAAGAAAAAUUAAAGUGGUGGUAGUGGAAGAUCAUAGCAUGGCGCUCCGCCAUAUUUAUAGAGCCAUAGGUAGCAAAAAGCUCCCUUCAAAGGGGGUCAAAUUGCUUCACUUUGAUGCUCAUCCAGAUUUAUGCAUCCCAAAUAUUUCUCCGUCUGUAAUAAUUGACGAGCCCUAUGGAAUGUUAAAGGAGCUCUCCAUAGAGAAUUGGAUUUUUCCAGCUGUCUUUUCAAAGUUUGUUGAUCAUGUUUUGUGGCUCCAUCCACCUUGGUCGAAACAAAUGACAAAUCGACGUACAACAGACUACGUUAUCGGUCGUCGCAAAACGACAGGUGAAUUAGCUGUAAAUGUUCCAGAACCCUACUUUUAUAAUGAGGGAAUUUAUGCUCAUCGGUGUGAUAUGGAAUCAGAGGUCCCUUUUUCCUUUACUGUCUGCACUAUCCACGGAGCGAGCACUUUGUGUAAUGCCUGUUCAGAUGUUACAAUGAGUCUCCUUAACGAGCCUUUUGUUUUGGAUGUCGACCUUGAUGCCUUUUCUACGAUGGAUCCCUUCCGAUCGUUCUACUCUCUCGAUCAAUUCGCCUUGAUUGAUAAGCUGUUCACUGCUCCUCGUCCCCCGCCACUACGUCUUCCAGAUAGAGGUCCUCGAGCCCCACCCCUUGGUACCACCUGUUCCACUUUCGAAGUAUUUGAAAGUGCUAGUCUCGCUGCCAAGGUGGUAAGUGAUCUACAUAGACAACGGCUCUCUGCCAUUCUACAAUGUAUGGAGAGCCUAACCAUUAGUGGGACGGUGGAGUUGUCGACAGCCCCAUCACUAGACAAAUUGGAUGCAUAUGAUAUUGGAGCUCUUACAUCGCUACUACUUUCGCUACCGAUUGAAACAUUCUCUCCUUCCACUUAUUUCAAUAUUCAAACUGCUCAUGCUUUCGCUAUUUCGGCAAUUCAGCAAACCAGCUUAGCAAAAUCAUCGGAGGAUCAAUUGCAAGUAUCAUCAGGGAAUGAUUCUCCUCAUGGAGGCAACAGUCCGGAGCCUCCAAAGGUAAAACAACAGAAAGUGGAUGUAUCUCGGGAUUGUUUAAAAUGGGCAUCCGAUUCUCGUUCCGAGACAGUUGAAAAUGAUCUCGAUUUGAUGAAACACUUCCAUGAUGUGUGGAAAAGUCUUGCGGAUAGAGAAAAUUACCCUCUUCCUCAUCAUGUGUCAACAGCGGAGGAGCAGUCAGAAUUAAUCGGGGGAUUAGAGAGUCUUCUAAACCGAAUGCACAAUCCAUUGCUUAUUACGGUAGCGCGUUCCUCAUUAGAUGGAUAUACUCCAACUGACCAAGUUUCAAGUAUACAAAUGCAGUUCUUUGAAGCUUUGCAUCGCAUAUAUGGUGUUGAACUACUUACGGUAGCACUUGACUAUGAAGGGGCAGCUAAAGAUGCGCAGGCUCUCAAGUCAAUGGGUUUCGAAAUUUCGGAGAUUCGAGGAGAAAUAUCCCGAUUUAGUUCUUUCAGUGUUAAUCCUGGAUCUCUUCUUCUGAGUCGAUGUGAAGCAUCGGGCGAUUACCGAUCCGAAUCGGAUACGCGUGAUAUAUCUUAA